AUGGAUUCAGGAAUGGAAAACCAAGAUCCCCACAGCUCCCCCACCCAAAGCCCCACUGAACAGCCUCCCUUCCAAAGCAAUUCCUUACAAGAAAGAAGCUCAGAUGUGGAGGAGAAACCACUAGAAGAGAAAGCAAAGACUUCUUCCCGGUUUGUAGAGACCAGCACCCACAGAGGAGAAGCAGGAAGCUGCUCCAGUCAGGAGAGCUCCAGGAAGAGGAAAAGAGGCUCCAGGGAGAGCCCCUGCGAUGGAGCAGAGCCCUCUCUGGAAAAGAGAAGAAAGAACCCUGAUGCUGGCCACAGCAGCUGCAGCCAAGAGCCUGGGGACACCCACCCCAGCAGAGCCCAGAGGAAGAGCCCUGGGCAUAGGAAGCAGCCCAGAUCCAGGCCCCGGGGAGUCCAGCCACCUCUGCUGCGCAAAAGCCUGGUGACUUCUCUGCGCACCAUGUCUGAAGCCAUCUGCCACACCGUAGUCCAGAUGCAGGGCCAGCAGGCUCCUGCCCCGCUGAGCUGGGACCACUCUGCCCAGCUGGCCCAGCUGCGGGGGCAUUUGCAUGCCCAGAUGCAGACCAUCUAUGCCCUGGCCUACCAGGCCGCCUAUGUCUUCCCAGCUGAGGAAUGGCUCGUCCCAGCCCCACUGCCAGGGCCUUCGGUUCCAGAAGGAGAUGGAGGAGAAGCACACAGCCCUUCCUAG